AUUAUUUUUUUAGGAUAGGGUUUUUUAAAAUUAAUCCUUCCGUAGUUUCCCUCAAUACGGGAUAGCUAUAGCCACUGAUGCUCCACUGGGAAUGGAAGUCGCCGACGCUUUGAACACCAACAACCAUGGAGGCGGCGGCGGCGGCAAACGUAAACGGGGCGAGAGUGUCUCCACCUCCACCGCCGCAACCGAUGUCGUCGACCUCUCCCUCCUCGAGGCCGUCGAGAAGUCCCAGAGCGCCGCCGCGGAUGUCGUCGUCGACAUCAAAACCCUAAAGAAGCUCGUCCUCUCCUUCGAGCGCCGCCUACGCGACAACAUCGCCGCCCGCCUCAAGCACCCUAACAACCCCGACAAGUUCGCCGACUCCGAGGUCGACCUCCACGACGACCUCCAGAAGCUCAAGGUCCUCGCCGGCGCCCCCGAGCUUUACCCCGACCUCGUCAAUCUAAACACAAUUCCUUCCCUCCUCAACCUCCUCUCGCAUGAUAACACCGACAUUGCCAUCGCCGUCGUGCAAUUGCUCCAAGACCUCACCGACGAGGAUGUUUUGGAGGAUAAUGACGAGCCGGCUAGGGUUUUGGUCGAAGCGUUGAUCGAGAACAAUGUUCUGGAACUUUUGGUCCAGAAUUUGCACCGGUUGUCCGAUUCGGAUCUGGACGAGAUGGCGGCGGUGUACAACACCCUGGCGACGAUCGAGAAUUUAAUUGAAGUGAAGCCGGCAGCGGCGGAGAUGGUGUGCGAGAGGACGAGGCUGGUGAGAUGGCUGCUCGGGAAGAUUAAGGCCCGGGAAUUCGAUAGCAAUAAGCAGUAUGCGUCGGAGAUACUGGCGAUUCUGCUGCAGAGCAGCAUGGCGAACCAAAAGAAGGUGGGGCAGAUGAAUGGCGUGGAUGUGCUGCUCCAGGCAGUGGCUAUGUACAAGUCGAAGGACCCGAAGAGCUCCGACGAGGCCGAGAUGUUGGAGAAUCUGUUCGACUGCUUGUGUUGUUUGUUGAUGCCGUUGGAGAACAAGGAGAGGUUCGUGAAGGCGGAAGGGGUGGAGUUGAUGAUCAUCAUUAUGAAGCAGAAGAAGUCCGCUUACGGCUCCGCCGUGAGGGCGCUUGAUUUCGCCAUGACCACGUACCCGCCGGCCUGCGAACGUUUCGUUGAUGUUUUGGGGUUGAAGACGGCGUUUGCAGCUUUUAUGGGUAAGAUUCCCGUUAACAAAAGGAACAAGAAAGAGCAAUAUCAAGAAGAGUUGGAAGAACGGAUUAUUUCCUUGAUUGCAUCUUUAUUUGGUGGAAUUCUUAGGGGUUCUAGAAGGGAAAGAUUGCUGAGUAAGUUUGUGGAGAACGAAUGUGAAAAGAUAGACCGGCUCAUGGAACUCUAUAUGAGAUAUUCCGAUCGAGUUAAAUCAGAAACGGAACGACUCGACAACCUUGUAUUUGAUGACUUAGAGAUGGAUGAAGAGGAAAAGUACAACAGGAAACUAGAAUCUGGGCUUUACACUCUUCAGUUGAUUGCGGUUAUCCUGGGUCAUCUUUGGUGCUCUGAGAAUUCUCAAAUGAGAGCAAGGAUCGAACUACUAUUGAAGCAACAAAAACUUACUAAGAACCAUAUCAGGGAUAUACUUCAGGAGUAUCAUGACAACAUUGGUGAUGUUGAUGGACUAGAAGAGAAGGAGCGGGCACAGGCAAAGAUUCAAAAGUUCAUCUCAGCAUUUUGAUAGGUGGAUAACUUGUUUGGAAAAUUAAAAAAUUUUCAGGUUAAGAGAUUUUUUGUUUGUUUGUUUGUAUUUUUCCUUAAUUAGCGGACUAUUUCUUGUCUUAUUUGUUUCUAAACUAAGCUUCUGUUUAGAAACUGGACUGCUUAGCUAAAAUAUGAAUAAGACAACAUCUGGUGAAUUUUUUUUU